UGCCAGCAAUCAUCAUGGUGAAGAAAAUUGUGAUAUUCGGCUCCACGGGGAUGACAGGACUCUGUGCAGUGGAAGCUGCUGUAAAAAAGGGCUUAGAAGUACGAGCAUUCGUCCGCACGCCAUCCAAACUCCCAGCAAAUCUGAAGGACAAAGUUGAAAUCUUCCAAGGCAAUGUUCUUGAGCCGGACUCCGUCAAUGACGCCAUUGAAGACGUGGACGCAGUAGUCAUAGCCCUGGGGACCAACAACCAACUGGAACCUACCUCUGACCUGUCUGAAGGCACUAAGAACAUCAUUGAAGCUAUGCGGGCGAAGGGUGUGAAGAUCUUGUCAGUCUGUCUGUCCGCAUACUUGUUGUAUGAGCCUGACAAGGUGCCCCCGCGGUUUGUGGAUCUGAAUGAGGACCACAAGAGGAUGUACCAAGUGGUUAAGGACAGUGGUUUGAACUAUGUUGCUGUGUUCCCUCCACAUAUUGCUGAUGAGCCAAGCAGGGAAGUCAUUGUAGAAGUGAACCCGACGAAGUCUCCGGGCGGUCGCAGGGCCAUCUCAAAGUACGACCUUGGGGCGUUCCUGGUGAACUCCCUUAGUGAACCUAAGUACUACAAGUCUGUUAUUGGCAUUACUAAUGCGCCCAAAGCUUAGGUUAAUGGCAUUAUUUAUUGCACAUACGACGCAACACGACAUGCUAUAAUUUUUCUGAUAGACUGAAAAGGUCAGUUACGAGUAUUUAAAAUUUAAGUUGCUGCUUGUUCUAAAUUAGCUAUUAAAGGACCAAUAGAGCUAUACAAAAUAUGACUGGCCGGUUCUGAACACUGAAUAAAGAAUGCACCUUAAUAUUAUUAUAUCAGUUAUUACAAAACAUUUCCAUCAUAUAUGCACGACGGUAUGAAAUGUAUAAUGUUAUGUAAAAAUAAGGUUUAAAUUUGUAUACUGUUUAGUUUUAGAUGUAUGUUAUAUACUUUUAAUGUUUCAAAUAAAUAUUUUUACUGUUUA